AGAGGUACUCACCUUUACUUGAGACCCUGUAGCUCAUCAGUGAGCCAGAUAAGUGUCCUAGCUUCUUAACAAACCUCGGGAUCAAACUAUCCACAACUACGACGACUGUAACAGCGAACCAACCGUCGUUUACGUCCACUAUGAAGAGCAAUCGGUUGAUCGUCGGCCUCGAUUACGGCACGACUUACACAGGCGUAUCCUUCUGUGAGACUUCGGAUACUGGCUCACAUGACGAACACAUUGAGGUCAUACACGAUUGGCCCUCGAAACAUACCAAAAUCGGUACCAAAGAGAAGGUUCCGAGUGAAGUCACUUAUCAAAAAGAAGGCCUGUUAUGGGGAUCUCUUAUUCCUUCGAACAUUCCACGACACAUGUGGACUAAGCUUCAACUCGACGCCCGUCAGAAGGGAGCAGUAGCCAAGAUUAUUCGCGAAGUUUCGACAUCCCCGCAGAGUGCGCAAAAGCAACCAGUUGAGAUCAUCGCCGACUUCUUGGGGCAGGUGAAAGCGCACCUCAUCAAGAAUCUUGACCAGAAGUACGGGAAGACACUUUGGAGGACACUACCCCUCACUUUAGUUGUUACCGUACCUGCAGUUUGGGCCGAUAUCGCCAAAGCCCAUACCCUUGAGGCAGUACGCAAGGCAGGCUUCAACGAGCUUGAGUUCCCAGAGUUAAAUAAUACCAUCAUGGUAACUGAACCGGAAGCAGCAGCUAUCUACACCAUUAAGGCAUUACGAGGCACGACUCAAGAUACUCAGUUCAAAGUCGGCGAUGGCUUUAUCGUUUGUGAUAUGGGUGGUGGAACGGUGGAUCUCAUAUCAUACCGAGUUGCAGGCCUUGAACCGACCGUCAUCGAAGAAGCCACCAUAGGCAACGGAGAUCACUGUGGUGGUAGCUUUGUGGAUCGCGCCUUUCUUAAAUGGCUGGAACGUCGACUAGGCACCGAGGACUUUGUGGAUAUUGCUGGGUGUCGAAGCGAGGACAUCCCUCACACAUCGCUGUCCAAAAAGGCGGCCAUGAUGCUACAAGAUUUCACUCUAGAAGUAAAGAGCGGAUUCUCCGGAACUGAGACGAACUACUUGCGACUACCAGGCGCAAUUGCCGACGAUGAUACCCGAGGCAUCUGCGACGGAGAGAUCAAGAUCAAUUUUGAGGACACGAUCGAGAUGUUCGAGCAUCCCAUUCGUCGAACAUAUGAGCUUAUUGGGGAGCAGCUACAGCAGGCGCGACACAACAAAAAGGUGGAGAUUAAGUUCGUUUUCAUGGUGGGCGGAUUUUCCGAGAGUCCUUACGUCUACAACAAAAUCAAGGCCUUCGUUGAGACUAAUAACUUGCAAGCGAUUAAGCCUGCUUAUGCUUGGUCUGCUGUAGCACGAGGUGCAGCCGCAAAAGGUCUUGAAGGUGACAAAACUGUAAUCCAGAAGCGAAAGGGCCGUAGGCACUAUGGAAAUUCCUGUUCUCCUAUCUGGAUUCCACGGAAACAUACAGAAGCGGAAUCGUACAUCGACAAACACGACGGCGAAAAGCGAGCUUCUCAUCAGAUGAAAUGGUUGAUCAAGAAAGGUCAAGACCUGCCGACUUCUGGUCCGGCUCAUGCGAAAGUCGAUCUCUGCGCUGACUUUCGGCCAUAUCAUAAGAGGGAAACACACCUUACCCUUUGGGCUUCGGAUGCUGAUAGGGCCCCAAAGCGCUCCACGAAUAAGGAUGUAUACACUGUAGCCACAGUGAAAGUAGAUCUGGGCGCUGUUCCCCAGGGCCAGUUCAAGGCUAAGCUGAGCGUUUCAGGAGCCCUCUACUAUCGCCUGGAGUACGAAAUUCAUGUCUCCGUUCAGACCUCUCUGGAGUACUCGCUCGUAGUCAACGGAAAGACGUACGGGUCCUUGACUGCAACAUACGAAUAGGGCACGUGAAAUCCAGCUGCGUAUAGCAGAUUAGUAUUUCGAAGACUUUCCCGGGUAUAUGGUACCUAGCUAUUUGGGCUCGGAACUUGAAUACGAGCGCUGGUCAUUCUGGGAGCAUCAGGGAACGGAUCGCCCGGAUGACUACGGGGUAGUGGCGCUGCUAAUUAUAUUGGCUGCCAACUGAUGGGUUUGAAUAUGCUUUUUCUUGUAGAGCGCAUCUUGGGUAUCUCCAGAUUUCCCAUAGUAUCCACAUAGCGAUGGUAGCAACCUGGAUACUUGAAACGCACCUUCGUGGCCCCUUCCUCACCCCUCUCACUGAACACGCUUGUUCGAUGCGACCUCCU